GACUGGUUCGGUUUGAUGAUAUAUUCAUCAGUGUGACUGAAGGUAGACUUCAUCAAGAUGAAACACUCUUCAGUCUUUGGGCUUCUCUUGUUGUGUGUUCUCUUGUACUUUGUGAACGCAGGAUCUUCCUCUCACAAUGUCCACCGUCGGGCCACCAUCAGCACCUCCAACUUCUCUGCAGUCGUGGGAACAAGAAUGAGUGUUUCUCCAGCUUGGUACCUCAAUGUGGGCGACACUACAGAGAUCAACUGUACUGCACACUCUGACAAAAACAACAUGACCGACAAGCUGGACCUGCAACUGCUUUGGACCAAGAUGGGUGAUGGACAGGGAACCAAGAAGGUCCUGGUGAGUCAUCGAGCAAAUAAGCGUAUCUCCUAUGUGCUGGGCCCUGUUACCCAUGAGCAUCCGGGUGUUUACACCUGUGGCAUUGACGGAAGCUCACCUGAUGUUUAUGUUCAUAAUUGGCACAGUUUAAUCUGGGUGGCAGACACGUCUUCUCCGAGAGCCUCCAUGGAGGUGACCAGCCACAACAGGAGACAGUUCUUCAAUGGUGAGAACUUCACUGUGAGCUGCCAGCUGCCCAACGAUAACUCCCAGUGGAAGAUGAUGAGGGUUGACUUGUGGGCAGGGAAUAUCACAGAAUGUCCCAAUCAAGUGUCUUCAGGCCGCCGCCUGUCCUCCACCUCCCGUUCUCAAUAUCCCUGGUCGGACAAGGUGUACUGGUGUGAGAGUUCAACAGGGGAAAGGAGCAACGCCCUCAACAUUACCUCCACUGUUGCUGUGACAGUGAUUCUGGAGAGUCCACCACUUCCUGUGUUGGAGGGGGAGGACGUGACGCUGCGCUGCUUACAUAGAGACAAAACCACCAAGCAAAUCACCUCCAACUUCAGAACCUUCUUCUACAAGAACGGACGUAGGAUCGGGUAUAAUACUGAAGGCAACAUGACUCUGACAGCAGUAACCAAAGCUGAUGAGGGAAACUACAAAUGUCGCCACCUGGACAUUAAAGAUGGGGCGUCUUUUGAGAGCUGGAUUGCUGUUAAAUCUCGGCCCGAUGAAGACCAGAAGAAGACUGACAACACGUCGUAGAUCUUCCUUGGUGCCGUUGCAACUCCAGUCCAAGUCACCUGCUGUCUGAUUGGUCAGUUAAACCCAACCUGCUCUCCAACAGUCUUUACAUGUUUUACCAAACAUCUAGAGCCUUCAACUGGAGCAAGAUCAACAAAAUAAAUGAAGCAUGAACACAAAACCCACAGGCAUCUUCAUAUUUAUCAAGGUAAAAUGGCAUUUAUGAGGAAAAGUUGGGAAUAUGUGCACGAUUUUCUAUCCAAUUCAUUUUUAUUUAUACAUUUAUAGAGCCAAAUCAUAAUAGAAGUUGUCUCAUGACACUUUCCAUGUAGAGCAGAUCUUAUCAUAUAACACUCGGUGACAGUGGCAAGGAAAAACUUAAUUUAAGAGGCAGAAAUCUCGAGCAGAACCCGGAUCAUGCUGGACGGACAUCUGCUGAGACCGGAUAAGUGCCUGUGUGACCUCUGAGCCUGUGGAGGAGGGUGGAGAUGACUCUCCAAUAGUUUGAAUUUGGACUGCAGUGUCCAUUUCGACCACUAGCUGUCAGUGUUACAUAUUACUGUGCAGUGUUAUCAGCUGGUCUGUAGAGGGGCCUCUAGGAUCACAGUAAACAGAACAGAGCUGCCUCUUUUGAACGUUUACACAGCCAACACAUUAAUCAAAGUCAGAAAUUUAUCUGAAUAAUGAUAAAGCAGCUACUGCUACGCAACUAACUCAGCCAUAACAUUAUGACCAUUGACAGGUGAGGUGAAUCUCACUGAUUAUCUUGUUAUCAUGGCACCUGUCAGUGGCAGCAAGUGAGCAUUUUGUCCUCAGAGUUGUCGUAUUAGAAGCAGAAAAAUAGACUAGCAUCAGGAUUUUAGUGGCUUUGACAAGAACUACACUGUGAUGGCUAGACGACUGUGUCAGAUCAACUCCAAAACCGCAGGUCUUGUAGGGUGUUCCCGGUCUGCAGUGGUCAGUACAGAUCAAAACGGUCCAAGGAAGGAAAAUUGCUGAACCAGUGACAAGCUCAUGGGUGGCCAAGGUUCAGCAAUGAACGUAGGGCGCAAACCAUGUGGUUCAAUCCAACAGAUGAACAGCUGCUGGUUCUGAUAGAAAGGUGUUUGUUUCGUACAGGCCUGUGUAGCCGCCAACCAGUCAGGGUGUCCAUGCUGACCCCUGUUCACUCCCAAAAGUACCAGCAAUCAGACCCAACCAAAUUAUGAUGGAAUAAAAAGAUGCAUGCAUUAUUGGACAGAAGUUCCUAGAGGAAAAUGGAAAUCUGUAGCCCUAAACAGACAGUGGCAACCUACUUGGGCCAGCACAGAACUUCCUAACUUGUAAGCGUAACCGUUAUCAAAG